UUCUUAACAACCAACCAUCCACUCUCCCUCACUGAAACCUCUUGCACUCUUCCCUUCUCUGAAACUCCCCCAUACAAUAUGUGCUCUUUCUCUGCUUUCCCUCAAACCCUAACCCUAAAUUCCAUCCAUGGCUGCUACCUCCAAACCUUCAUUUCACUUUAUGCCCUCUUCAUCUUCACGAUUUCCCUUCAAAUUCCCAUCAAAACCCUCCAGAAUCCUCUGUUCCCAAAACCCUAAUCCACCAUCUCCGCCAAGAACCCUAACCCUUAUCUCGGUUCUUCGAGCAAUUCCCGACUGGGCAGAUGCAAUCAAGGAGAGCCGUGUGAAACAAACGAGGCCGCUUUACAAACACGAAGAUUGGGUCGAACACAGAAGCUCUUUGAGGCAUAUCCGACAUCUGCUUUCGAGCCUGAGCUCUAGGGUGAUUUUGUCGUUGGUGCCGCCGGUUAUUGCCUUCACGACGGUGGCUGUGGUGAUAGCGAGUUAUAACACGGCGGUGUUUUGGGAUUUGUUGCCGGAGUUUUUCCCGACUUUGAGGGCUUCUUCUUUGCCGUACCAGUUGACAGCACCGGCAUUGGCGCUUUUGUUGGUUUUCAGGACGGAAGCUUCGUAUUCGAGGUUUGAGGAAGGGAGGAAGGCUUGGACCAAGGUGAUUUCAGGGACGAAUGACUUUGCUAGACAAGUGAUUGUUAGCGUGGGGACGGAUUCUGCGUUAAAAAUGGCGCUUUUGCAGUAUAUUUUGGCGUUCCCGAUUGCCCUUAAGUGCCAUUUGAUUCAUGGAUCUGAAAUAGGGAGAGACCUUAAGAAUCUGCUGGAAGACGACGAUCUAGCAGUAGUUCUCGGUGCAAAUCAUCGGCCACGAUGCAUCAUUCAGUUCAUCUCUCAAAGUCUCCAGUUGCUGAAUUUGGAGUCAUCAACGAGAACUACACUCGAAUCGAAAGUUACGUGUUUCCAUGAAGGAAUUGGUGUUUGUGAACAAAUCACGAGCAUACCUAUCCCUCUUUCGUAUACCCGAUUGACUUCAAGAUUUCUUGUUCUUUGGCACCUUACUCUUCCGAUAAUUCUGUGGGAUGAUUGCCACUGGAUUGUGGUUCCGGCUACUUUCAUCAGCGCGGCUUCUUUAUUCUGCAUCGAAGAGGUGGGUGUUCUGAUUGAAGAACCGUUCCCGAUGCUGGCUCUAGACGAGCUGUGCAAACUGGUUUACGACAAUGUCCAAGAAGCAUUAAUGAGCGAGAAAAAGAUUCGAGACAUACUCGACACAAAAAUGGAGGAUAGAAAACAGUCAUCAAAUCCAAAUGGGUAUCCAACUUCAGGAAGUGGACAGUGUACUUGGCCUAACAAUUGAUAACAUAAACAUCUGGAUAUUGAUCAAGAAAGAUGACAACUUUCUCAGAUGGGCCAACAAACCCUUCCAGAGGUAAUGUAUCCCGACUGGCCAAAAUACCAGCGUGGAAUUUACUGGGUCCGUUUGGUUUUGAUCUGUUUCCAACACAAUUAGAUAUGCUAUCUUUAUAGUA